GUUGAGUUGAGUGUGUGAGGGAUGCGCUGGAGCUCAAGAUGAUGAAGAUGAUGACUGAAGAGUCUGUGGCAGGUGAUAUUGUGCAGUUUUCUGACUGGCGCAGAUCCAGAGUGAUAAGUCAUGUUCAGCUCAUCUGAUUGGCUGAAAAUCAUCAGUGAGCCGCCACGAGGACAUGAAGCACACAGUUCAUCAACUUCUCAAUCAGAAUAGAAGAUCAUGAAUCUGAUGCUGAUCGGUGAAUCUGGAAAAUUCCUGUCCAACAGCUCUCCGGGCAUGCGCGCCUUUCCCGUCACCUCGUUCGCGCUGCACAACGUCUGGACGGAGGCCAACGAUUCUCUCCUCGCGCCGGGCGCCAAUCUGACCGCCAGCCACAACGCCACGCUCUCACCCACCGUGGCGUACGCCCCGUUCGGCGGCAGGACCAUCUGGCAGGUGGCGAUCAUCGUGAUCUUGUGUGGGUCGCUUUCUUUAGUCACCAUCAUCGGAAACAUUCUGGUGCUGCUGUCGUUUAAAGUCAACAAGCAGUUAAAGACGGUGAACAAUUAUUACCUGUUGAGUCUGGCGUUUGCUGAUCUCAUCAUCGGCGUUCUGUCCAUGAAUCUCUACACCACAUACAUCAUCAUGAACACAUGGGCGCUGGGGAACUGGGCCUGUGAUCUGUGGUUGGCCAUCGACUACGUGGCCAGCAACGCCUCCGUCAUGAACCUGUUGGUCAUCAGUUUCGACCGAUACUUCUCGGUCACGCGCCCGCUCACCUACAGAGCCAAACGGACCACCAAACGGGCCAUGAUGAUGAUCGGACUGGCCUGGUCCAUCUCCUUCGUCCUGUGGGCUCCCGCCAUUCUGUUCUGGCAGUACUUCGUGGGAAAGCGAACGGUUCCGGCCGGUGAAUGUUACAUACAGUUUCUCUUCGAGCCCAUCAUCACCUUCUGCACCGCCAUCGCUGCGUUCUAUCUGCCCGUCACCAUCAUGACCGUCUUGUACUGGCGGAUCUAUAAAGAGACGGAGAAGCGCUCCAAAGAGCUGGCUGGACUGAAAGCGUCGGGAAACCAAGGGGGUCAGGAGGAACCCUGCGAGGUCAAGAGGAACUCUGGGAAGAAGAAACACGGACGCUUCCGCUUCUGGCCGCCGUGCCGCCGAGGAGUGCGGAGACGCGCUGGAGACUCUGACCGCAGCAACAGCUGGAACAACAACGAGAUGAGCGCUUCCGUCGAUCAGUCGGACGAGGAUGACGAAGAGGAUGGAGAAGAACCCAAAGCCAUCUUCUCCAUCGUCGUGAGCGUGCCCGAGAUCAAAGGGGGCGAGCAGCUCAGACCGCCGGAGGACGCAGCGACGAGAUCCUCCAGAAAGGGCUUUUCCAAAUCCUCAAAAGAUCAAUCCAACGCCAAACACAAGACGCAGGUGAACAAACGCAAGAAGAUGUCUCUGGUGAAAGAGAAGAAAGCAGCUCAGACGCUCAGCGCCAUUCUGCUGGCGUUCAUCAUCACUUGGAUGCCUUAUAACAUCAUGGUCCUGGUGAACACGUUCUGUACGGACUGCAUCCCGCAGACGCUGUGGGCUCUGGGUUACUGGCUGUGUUAUGUCAACAGUACGGUCAAUCCCAUGUGUUACGCUCUGUGUAACCAAACCUUCCGCAGCACCUUUAAAUCCAUCCUCACGUGUCAGUGGGACCAGAAGAACCAGCAGAGAGAAGCAGCCGUGGUCUACAGAAAGAAAGCUGAAGUCUAGAACCACAGAUAUACAGAACUGUAAAUAUUCCUUCAUGCUUUUUUAUCAAGAGCUCUUCUGUUUCUACAAUAUAUAUGUGUGGUGGCCCGUCAAACUAGAAAACACUAGAAAUAUCUGCAGGAUUUCCCUCACAACGUCUGAUGAAAUGACCUGAGCAGUGUGUGUGUUUGUGUGUGUGUGUGUUGACAUCUCUUACAAACAAGAUGUUUAUUGAAGUGUGCUGUUAGUAUGUACUUUCAGUCAGAUGACACUCAUACUUGACCUCGGCUCCACUGACAGAAAAGUGGAUUUGGCCUAUACUUCAAAUCUGUUAAAACACACAUCAGUAUACUUCAUAUGUUACAGGAGAAGGCUAUAUUAAUAUACACAUAUAUAUUAAUCUUAAAUUCACUUAAGAAAACGUCAAAGUGUACUUGCAACAGGACUUUCAUCCACUACAGAUAAGUGUUACAGAUAUUGAACUAUCAGUUCAUCUAUGAAGUUUACUAAAGCAAUAAGCUUAUUGCUUUUAUAAAACAGUUAUUCCAUAUGCGUAGCAAGGAUUCAUAAAAUAAAGUAAAUCAAAUGAUAUUUAGGCUGUGUGGUGCGGUGAGCCGUAUAAAUCAGGCCUAGAUCUCGGCUCAGCCAAUCAGAAUCAAGGACCAGAACUGACCGUUUUAUAAUUUUAUUUUAUUUUUGUAAUGGAUGCCUUGAGGUGCAGUUAAACACAUCUUAUGACUCCUCACUUUUCUCAUUUAUUUUUGGACACAGAAAUAUCUGUCUUUAACUUUUUCAAUUUUCUUGUAAAAGAACACCUGUCAGGUAUUUUGUAACUUUUCUCGUGUAAUGUUGAUUGUUGGUUGUGUGUGUGUUUAUAAAAGGCAGAGGCUCUUGUGUCUUCAGAUCUGAAUGUUUUACUGCAGUUGAAGUUUUGUGAGACCUCGCAUGACAUGUGAACACACACUUCCCUCUAGUGGCUAGAAUCAAACCUUCAGUCUCUCAAUAAACAUCCUGAAGAGUCCCAGACAAAUGUUAAAUCAAUCUCUGUUCUUCAGCUUGUAUUCAAAGGAGGUUUUUGAUUUGAUUCUGUUAAAUAAAACAGUA